ACCAAUAAAAUAUUUCAUACCCUCCCUUGCAGUUGAGGGUAGUAGCCACGCCUUCGAGACUUGCAGCUAAGUAACUUCGAAAAUCGUGGAGUAACUUCCAAGGUCUUAAAUUGGCUCGGAGUAAAGGACGAUAUCGAACACCUUAAUUACACUUUUAACAUCUCUACUUCACCCUAGUGGUGGUAUCCUAUGGGUUGUGUUAUUAUAUCAGUGUAGUCAUCAUGGCUGGAAUGAUGAAUUUACCUUCAGGAGGGCCCACGAACAAAAAAAUCCAAAAAAAGCGAUAUCCUUCAAGAUGCAAUAUUGGAGGAACCAGAACUCGCUCUAUGACCAGCUCUUGCCCUCGGCGUGUCGAGGCAUACACAUUUGAUGAUAUUAGCGCAGCAUCCCCGACCGCGUCUGACGCGGCGUAUAUAAAAUCCCCAUUAGAUCUUGACCAGUUCAAAAUCGCGGAUUCGGUCGACGAUUAUUUGCUCGUUAGCAAUUAUACGAGUGAAAUUCUCGAAAAUGAGUAUGAAAAUUAUUACGAGGCAAAAAAUGAGCUUUCUGGGGUCACAAGUAUUGCAGAUAGCAACUUGGGUAAAACCAAAGACACGGACACCCCAGAAGCAAUUUCUGUUCAAGCGAAUCGGACCCAAUUCAAUCCAGUAGUCGGGUGGGAUGGAAUUGAGAAGGAUAGUAUGGUCGAGCGGAAACAACCAAAUACCUAUGGACACCUGGAAGAAAACAAUUGCCUACACGUUAUAUGGGAUGGCCAUAUGGCGCCCCUUGACUUCAUGGAUCACACGUUCGUGCCAACCCCCUAUAUGGCCGAUUCAGAGCGGGAUUCCGAAUACUUCUUGACGACUUACUGCGAACAAAGGGAGGACCAGUCAAGCCACCUUUCCGAUAGUUGGUGUACUGCAGAACGUUCGCCAUAUGGCAUUUGCGGUUCGUCUAAGGAUGGGUCGGAGGAAUACGAACGCGAUCCAGUGAACGAAUUUUCGAUGUAUGAAGGCCCGGGUAGCCCGGAAACUUCGACCUUGUCGGACGACACAUAUGGAACUUGUCAUAAUCCUACUAGCCAGUAUGAAAAACAUUCUGCCACUGAGGCAGUAGCGCAAACAUUGCCCGCGGUGUGUCCAUUAAAACAGCCAUCUGUCCAGGGCUCCGAUCAUGAAAGGUUAGCAGCGAGUAUGCAACACGCCAACAACGAUCAUGGAAACAUUAACAGAAAAUGGUGGGCGUGUCCUUGGUAUAAACAAAAUCCACGGAAGUACCAAAUUUGUGCCAAGUAUAAACUGCAUCGUAUUAAGGACGUCAAACAACAUGCAUAUAGAAAACAUAUGAAACCCGAGAUUUACUGUCCCCUAUGCUUCGAGACAUUCACAAGACCCGAUGAAAGAGACGGGCAUGUGCAAAAGAAAAACUGUGGCCAGCAAGCCGAGCCGAAGUUCGAAGGCAUCUCAGAGCAACAAAGAAAGUUGUUGAACCAGAGUGCCAACCGUGGUAAAAACGACGAAGAGCAGUGGUUCAUUAUGUGGCACACUAUUUUCCCCACUGAAUCUCGCCCCAAGUCGCCAUACAUUGGCAAUAGUUAUGAGGAAUUGCUGCCUCUACUUCGAAACUUUUGGGAUAAAAGGAGCCCGGAAAUAAUCUCCGGGGCAUUCGAUGUUUCUCAGCCCGGUGUCGAGACACAGACCAUCCGAACCAUCGUAGAUAGCAUAUUUGAUCGAUUUGAAAAGGAGUCAUCAAGCUGGGGGGUCUGUUUGUGAUGGAGAUCCGUUUGACUCGGAAUUGAAUGGUAGAUUCGCACUUCUCCUUUUGCUAGGUACUUGACUGAAGCCGGGGCUUCGCCGAUACGACCCAUAACCCCCUUUCAUUACAAACUUCUAAUAUAGCAUUUUCACUUGCUAUGACUAGUAUCCAG